CAAUCCUGAAAUCCACUCGCCAUUCUUUUUUCUCGUUCCUUUGAUCAACACUGACAAGCGAAUCAUCGGGGUUAGGGUUUCAGAGGCAAAAUCAGGAUUUGGGUGUCAGUGGAGGGGAAAUUAGGGUUUCAAUGGCUGUGAGGAAAUUCUACAACGAGAUCAAGGGCCUAAAGGUGAAGGAGCUUCCUGCCCAUUUGAAGCCCAUGCUCUCCAUUGAUUAUGUGAAACAGGCCAUAAGCCGAGGCAUGGACAAUUACCAUAGGAAGUAUAUAAUGACCAGCUCCAUCGAUCCUCUCUACCAUGUCUGCUUUGGUGGAAUGAUAUUUUCUUACCUUGUUGCCUUGCCUGAAGAGCGUCGCCAUCUCGAGCACCAGCAACAGCAUGGCAAGCAUGAUCGUUGAUCGAUUGGGUGUGUUAAUUUUCGGUUCGUUUUCUUCCUUUGUU